CAAAGACAAACCCAAAAGGGAAUCUUUAUUUUGUUAGAGAAGGGAUAAGCAGAAGGAAUUGACACACUGACAUAUACAUGUCACAGACAAUUCCAGACUGACAGAGGAACAGCAAAAGGGCAGAACUUGAUCUCAGAAAAGACACAUUUGCAAAAUGAGACAGAACUGAUAAAUAUAAAUAGGUAGAGAAAUACUGCUGAUACAAACUUGGCAAGAGAUGGCCUGUCUAGGGAACUUUGCACUUUUCCUAGUAUUAUUUGUGAUCUUGAAUGCACAAUGUAGAGCCGUAACAAUAGAAGAAAAGGAUGAAAAUACAUUUAAAAAUACGCCAACGGAUACUGGCUCCACAACCAACACGUCCGGUGGUGGACAUGAACCUGCAGCGAUCCAAACUCUACCCAUUGUCACCUGGAAGUGGCACCAUGUGGAAACUCCUUACCUGGUGGCUCUCUGGAUAUUGACUUGUUGGCUUUGUAAAUUAGUGUGUGAACUGAACCACAAAAUCACCAGUGUGAUUCCAGAGAGCGGCGUGCUCAUCAUCCUCGGAUUCGUUUUGGGAGGAAUCGUCUGGGGAGCGGACAAGGCUCAGACAUUCAAACUGGUCCCUGUCAACUUCUUCUACUACCUGCUGCCUCAGAUCAUCUUGGAUGCGAGUUACUGCAUGCCAAACAAGUUAUUCUUCAGCAACCUGGGUGCCAUUCUGAUCCACGCUGUUAUCGCAACCUGCUGGAACGCGGCUAGCGUGGGCAUUGCGCUUUGGGGCUGCUACGAAGGGGGCGCAAUGGGGAAUUUGGACAUCGGCCCCCUGCAGUUCCUGUUGUUCGGUGCUCUGCUGUCAGCUGUGGACCCCGUGGCUGUGAUCGCCGUGUUCGAAGAAGUCCAUGUGAAUGAGGUUCUCUACAUCCUGGUGUUUGGAGAGUCGCUGCUGAACGAUGGAGUCACAGUGGUGCUUUAUAGUGUGUUUGAUGCCUUCGUAUCAUUGGGAGGCCCGAAGAUCAAUGCUGAAGAGAUCAUCAAGGGCAUAAUUUCGUUCUUUGUGGUGGCGUUUGGAGGCUCGUUCCUUGGUGUCGUAUUUGCAGUUAUAACUUCCAUGUUGACUAGGAUCACCUAUAAAGUUCAGGUCAUUGAAGCUGGUUUCAUCAUCGUCAUUGGCUACCUUUCCUACCUGACGGCAGAGAUGCUGUCACUCUCGGCAAUCCUUUCGAUUACCUUUAUGGGGGUCUGCUGUCAAAAGUACAUCAAUGCCAACAUGGAUGAGAAAUCGGUGACAACGUUACGUUACAGCCUGAAGGUGAUGGCCAACGGCUCAGAGACCAUGAUCUUCAUCUUCCUGGGAGUUUCAGCAAUCGAUAAAAACAUCUGGGUUUGGAACACUGGCUUCAUCCUUCUCACCAUCCUAUUCAUUAUUGUAUUUAGAUUCAUGGGUUGUUUUUUCCUCAACUGGAUCUUAAACCAGACUAGACUGAUUCCCAUUAGCUUUACGGAUCAGCUCGUGAUGAGCUACGGUGGUCUGCGAGGGGCGGUGGCUUACGGAUUGGCCGCCCUUUUAGAUGAGAAAAAGAUCCCGGAGAAGAAUCUGAUGUUGGGUACCACACUCAUCGUGGUUUAUUUCACUGUCGUUCUUCAGGGAAUCACAAUGAAACCACUGGUUCAAUGGCUUAAUGUUAAAAGGUCAACGAAGUCUGACCUCACACUCAAUGGAAAGGCGAACAACAGGGUAUUCGAGCAUGUAGUGACAGCAAUGGAAGACAUCUGUGGACGAAUGGGAGAUAACUGGUGGACCAGAAAUUGGAACCACUUUGAGAAAAAAUACGUCUGCUGGUUACUAAUGAAGAAAGAUGCAAGAAAGAUAAACGAUAAAAUCUUAGGUGCCUUCCACACGCUCAAUAUGGAGGACGCCAGAAAUUACGUCCUUGAGAAUGAAGUAAACGGAUCUCUUGGUUUUAUUCGUAAUUAUGACGCAGCCAAUGUAGACUUUAAAGAGAAGAUUGCUUUCGACUACGCAAACAUCAUGCCCAACAUCAUGGCUGACAUGUCAGAUUAUGACUUUAACAUCGAAAACGUUCCUGUGACCUCUAUCAUAAGGAACCCAGUCCCCUCGGUAUCCAUGGACAUCAAUGAACAGGACAUGAGGAACAUUAAUGGAAAUCUCACUGCCCAUCAAAUUCUAGACCAAAACCUGUACCAGAGCAGAAUGCAUAACCAUCCCGCAUACAGCCGCAGUAACUAUAACACUACACAGAACCCGGUGGAGGUUCAGGAGAUCUUCCAGAGGACCAUGAGGAACCGACUGGAGUCCUUCAAAGCCGCAAAGAGAGGUAUCAGCCCUGCCAACAAAAAAAUCUCCAAACAUUCCAAGAAGGACUCAACAAUGAAGACAAAUGGAAAGCCUGUAGAUCCUCACAGAACCCAUCCAUUUGGAGAUGAAGAUUUUGAGUUUUCUGCAGACAGUGCCUCAAGCAGUGAGGCUGCUGCCAAUUUUCCCGGAAGAAGAUCUGGAGCUGGUAUAGUCAAUCCUGCAUUCAUCCAUGAGAUGGAAACCCCUUCUCCUAUGAGAAACCUACCGCAAACCCAAACCGGAAACAGCAGACUCCCUUUGAAACCCACCGACCUCAGAGGUCUAACACCACCGAGAAUGACCAACCGCUCCACAGACUCAGUUAUGAUGGCUGAUGCUUCUGUCAAUGAAAAGAAACCUGAGAAGCCUGAGGAUAAACCUGGAUCACAUAAUACCAAAUUAUAAUACAAAAAAUAAUCCCAUCCGCCAACAUUAAUUUACCAUGUAGCUGAUUAGAUUCAUGUUAUCAUGUGACCAGAGAUUUGAACUUUGUGAGUAUAUACAGUACAAACACAGCAUUAAACUUAAAAAAAUGCAAUCUGCCAUAAUUUACUCUCAAUCGUGUCAUUUAAUUUGCAUGGUAGUAAAUGACACCUAAAUUUCCAAACUGUCUUUCAUACAACGAAAGUACCUCAGCCAUCCCUGAUCUCCAUUUGUUGUCAUGGUAUGGAAAAAGGAUCUAUAGAUUGUCAUAGCAUGAUCAUCUUUUGGGUUCUGCAGAAAGGAAAUCAUAUUGAAAUUAAUUGACAUGAAUGUUAGUGUAUGUAUAGAAUUUUUGUUUUUGGUGAAUUCCCCUGGUACUUUAAAGUUCUGUAUUGACCUUCUCUUAAAUGUUUUGCUAUGCGUAUUGUUGGUAAAGGAAACAAAAUACAGAGGUGAUGUAUUAAUUGCCAAUAAAGUACUUGUAUUAGAUGUAAUAGAACAUACAACUCUUUUAAGUCCACAUUGUGGUGGAUACUGUAAUGGCACUUUAAUGACCGCAUGCAAAAAAAGGGAUUACUUUAAUAGUGGCCAGAUUUGUCUUGUCCGCAGUUCUGUGGCAUAUUUCGAGCACUCUGCAUAAUUUGACCCUUUCCUGGCUAAAAUAUAAAAUGAUGUAUUACUUUACUAUUGGUCUAUUGGUGGUAAUUUAUUAAACAAUGUGCCUAAUUCUGUGGGCUUUGCUUAAUACUAUCAUAAUAUAAAGUCUGACUAUUCUGCAUUUCUGUAAUCUUACAAUGGUUUGGUUAUUUAAUCAUUGAUUUUACCAUAAAUUAUUUUUUGCAACAAUUACACACAUUAAAAUAACUAAUGUAUAAUACUUUUUAAAAAUCUUUAUAAAUUGAUAUACAUUCCCCUCGGUCUUGAGCUUUGUAUAAAAUUUUGCUUUAACUUAUGUUAAACUUUUAUUUAGGAACAAAUUCAAGGAAAAAUUUGAAUGUUGCAAACGGGCGAAUAAACACUGAAGUUAA